AUACAGUCUAUGCUGAAAAUACAUGAUAUACAUAUUUGAAAUACGACAUUCUUGUUUAGAACUAGCAACAACGCAAGCUCAAGUCCCGCCCAUUUAAUGACUACCGUGUUUUUAAUGCUGGCUGUCUCUCUUUACCUGAGUGAUUUAUUUCUGUGAUGCACAGUAUAGGAAGUUUCAUUAUCAUUUUAUGUAUUAAAAUGCAAAAUAUGGCGGUAAAAUAAUACUGUUAUCCCAGUCGAGUCUGAGUGACUCAGUCGGACCGAGCUGGAAUUAUGUUGCCUGGCGUGUUUUAUGCCUUAAUGGCGGGGUUUCUAGCAGCUUUAGCAUCAUCUUCUGCUAAGUUGUCCCUGGGUGCUGUUUAUCUGAAAGAUGUGUGUGAAACAGGGCUGAAGAUCUGGACAGAUGGGCAGGAGAACACUGAUGGAUUUGAUACCACAGCUUGUGACUGGUUACAUAUACCCCUGCGGCUGCUUUGUGGUGGUCUUCUGUUCACCUGCAAUGCUGUGAUGUGGACCUUCUUCGCCAAAGCACUCAGGCACUCGUCUUCCUCUGCCCGGGCCACUGUGACCACCACUGCCUCAAAUUUUAUCUCCUCUGCUUUUCUUGGACAUGUGAUCUUUGGUGAAACUCAUGCCACGCUGUGGUGGGUUGGUAUCAUUUUGACCCUGACAGGGCUUUACGUCUUGCAUGGAUCAACUCCUCAGGCUCCACAGGAAAAUGUGGAUAAGAAAUAUGAUUGACAGAAUAAUACAGGGAGCAACAAUUCCUUAUCCAAUGCUUGAAGUGAAAUCAGUCAAGUGAAAGGCCGUGAAAGAGCUAAUAAGAAUUAUGCAGUUGUAUGAUAGAAUUAUCUAUGCUAAAUUUAAAUAUUUUUUCUGUCGUAGGAUUGCUUUUGUUGUUAAUAAUGUGAAAAAUUACAUGAUGCAGCCUUGAAAUGUGUAUGACUUUGAGCCUAUAGUUAUGCAAUGGACUUGCUCUAUAUCUUGCCUCAAUCAUGUGGGUUACUUACAAGUUUUUUAAUAAAUCAGUUUACACUCUUGUUUAUUACUAUGACCUGAAAUAUGUUUAUGACAUAUACAUGCUUUGCUGGAAAUUUUUACCAGAUGCAGCUGUGGAUCUGAAAUGAAAUUUUGUUUCACCUCUCAACUUUCUCUGAAACAUCCUUUUUCAAUUCCAAGUCUUCCAAAGUAAAACUUGAACUAGCACUCCAGACAGAACAAUGUAGUCAAAAGGAUGCACACACUGAUAGUGUUUAAAUGUUUUUGGUUAUUAAAUGACUAUUGUGUGUCAAA